AUACAACCAAGAGUAGACUGUUAGUCCUCAGAAAUAAAAUGUCAAAACCAGAAGUUCUCCCAAUCGAUUUCGCUGUACCUGUUACAGCUUACGCAUUCAACGCAGACAGAUCUCAACUCGCCGUCUGUCCAAAUUCAAACGUAUUGCAAAUCUACCAGAAGAGUGCAAAUACCUGGACACUCUCCGCUGAGUUGAAAGAGCACGACAAACUGAUCACCAGCGUUGACUGGGCACCGCAAUCAAACAGAAUCGUCACUUGCUCACAAGACCGUAACGCAUACGUCUGGACAUUCCAAGCCGGGCAGUGGAAGCCUACCUUGGUUCUCUUGCGUAUCAACAGAUCAGCAACUUUCGUUAGAUGGUCUCCACUCGAGAACAAGUUCGCAGUCGCAUCAGGUGCACGUGCUAUCGCCGUCUGCUCAUUUGAUCCUGAGUCUGAUUGGUGGGUAGCUAAACAUAUCAAGAAACCAUUAAGAUCGACCGUUUUGUCACUCGAUUGGCACCCAAACAACGUCUUGUUGGUCGCAGGUUCAGCGGAUUCAAGAGCAAGAGUCUUCUCAGCUUACAUUAAGGACGUCGAUUCGAAACCUGCCCCAAGUGUUUGGGGUGAGCGUCUCCCAUUCAAUACCAUCUGCGGUGAAUAUGCAUCACCUGCUAGUGGAUGGAUACACUCAGUAAGCUUCACUCCAUCUGGCAAUGCUAUCGCUUUCGUCAGUCAUGAUUCCAACCUUAGUAUUAUAUACCCAACUGGUGUCGACAACCCACCAUCUGUAUUCAAUGUCCGUCUGGCUUCACUCCCUCACACUUCUGUUACCUUCCUCACUGAAGACAGUCUUAUUGCAGCUGGACAUGAUUGCCAACCAAUGCUGUAUCGUCUUAUCAAUAACAACAGCUGGGAAUUCGUAAAAUCGCUCGAUGACGCGACAGGAGCUAGUCAAUCGAACAAGGCAAGCGUAGCUGGUAGACUCAACAACACCGCUUUCAAUGCCUUCAAAGCGGCUGAUAGUAUGGGUGCCACAGGCGGUGUUACUGGUGUUGGAGCUGGUGAUACCGUUCUUACAACUGUUCAUCAAAACACCAUUACAUCAGUUCGACCAUUUGCAGGUGUUCCUGGUAACAUUACACACGUUUCUACUGCUGGUAGAGAUGGAAAGAUUGUCAUCUGGGAUAUCAACUCAGGUGGUUCUGGUAUCGCAGGUCUUGUUAAGGAAACUUCACAAAUGGGAUUGUAAAAUCAGAAAUUAACGAAUGUUAAAUAAAUAAAAUGUCAAUGAUGAUAUAUUUCUAUGAUUAUGUUGGCGUAGUA